UAUUACAUUUGUCGUACGACAAAUUUUUCUUGAUUGAUUGCAGGAUAGAAAGUUUCUAGAAACUCGAAAAUUUCUCUAUUCUGCAGCCAAUCAGUACGUCUGAAAAAUUUGUCGUACAACGUAUAUAAUAGCACCCGUAGUUGUAAUAUAUUUGAUGAUACAAGCGGUACAUGUAUGAGGAAUUACGUGUUUUUACCUUUAAUUAAAGUAGAUAGAAACAAGAUUGUUGAUAUAGAGUCAGAAUUGGUAGAGGGUUAUGUCUUUUCGCGCACGUGGUGGCAGAGGAAGUGGCAGAGGAGGCGGUUUUAAAGGUGGCCGAGGUGGCGGAGGAUUUAACAGGGGUCGUCCUGGUGGCUUCGAUAGAGGCAGAGGCUAUGAUCAGGGACCGCCAGAAGAAGUAACAUCUUUGGGACAUUUUACAUGGACAGUAGAAAAUGAUUUAAUUCUCAAAGUUGAUAUUGAACAAGUCCCUUUUUUUAAUGCACCAAUUUAUACAGAAAAUAAGCAACAGAUUGGGAAAAUAGAUGAGAUAUUUGGUAAUAUUCGAGACUAUUAUGUCUCUGUUAAGUUAUCUGAAAAUAUAAAGGCUGGCAGCUUUCAAAAAGAUGCUCAGUUGUACAUUGACCCAUCAAAACUGCUGCCUCUUCAGAGAUUUUUACCAAAACCUCCUGGAGAAAAAAGAGGUGGUGCUGGUAAAGUUACAAAACGAGGUGCUGGCAGAGGAGGUGGUGGUGGCAGAGGAGGAAGAAGUUCUUUUGGGAGAGGAGGUUUUGGUAAUAGAGGUGGCAGCAGUGGAGGAUUCAGAGGUCGCGGAGGAUUUAAUCGUUCAGGUGGAGGUCGUGGAGGAGGAAGUGGCAGAGGAAGAUGGUAGAUUCUAGGACAAGAUACUUAGAAAUUUUUUCAAUGGACUAAGCAUCAGAAAAUUGACCGAGAAUAUUUGAUUGAACAUCGAGUGUCAUCUGAAUUUUGCAUAAGUAAAACUAUUGAUGAUUGUAAAUAUGUAUUUCAUAAUAUGUUACAAAACAUAUAUUUAUAUUAUAAAGCAUCGCAAACAACAAAUUAUUUACAUAUUUAUUCUAUUGAUUAAAAAUA